AUGUCUGGACUUAUCCGCCGCCUCGUCCCCGGCAAGACCGAAUACUUCACCUUCCGAGACGGCCAAUGGCGGCCCGUCGAAGCGCACGGCACCACCAUCCUCGUGCCGCGCUCCGACGGACUGCUGCCCAUCACGUCCGUCGCCCGCCAGCACUACGCCCGCACCGUGAUGAGCGCGACGCCCUCUUCGUCGACGUCGCCCUCCCCGGUGCGUCGCACACACUGCGCUGUGACCACCCACCUCGAGUCGCCGCGCGCUGUCCCGCCCAAACGGCCUGUCCAGCUGGCUGCCGCGGCGGCACACCUGCGCCAGGAGUAUGCCGGGGUAUUGGCCGGGGAUCUGAACGCCACUGAGAAGUUUGGCAGGAACGCUGCCUGCCGAAGGUUUGGGAUGGAUGUGGUGGUGGAGGAGGAGGAGGAGGAGGAGGCGGAUAGGGAGUCGAUGGAGGAGUGGGAUCUGGAGAAGCCGUGGGUGACGGAUCAUUUGGGGUUCAAGGCGGAAUUUGUGGUUGAGGUGGGUGAGGCGGUCGGUGAGAGUCGGGGCGGUGUGAGGGGGGGUUUCUAG